CCCCUGUCGAACAAACAAGAGCAAUACGAGAAAUGGUUGCUCAUGAAGCUUUGAUGAAAACUGAAUUGCCUUUCGAGUGAAAACUCCCCAAAAACAAAAAGGAAAAAACCUUCGGCUGUGUUGUCUCUCAAGUCCUUUGUGCAGAUGGAUUCAUUCAAUAUCUACGACAUCAAGGUUGAGAAGGCGAACGCGAUGCUAAAGCAUCGCCAGCUUCAAAAGAUCGCAAACUUGUUCCGGGUAAUCGAGGUAUGCGUUGUUCUUCUCUUGAUUUCCAGGCUUUCCAUGCAACUCCCACUUGCUGUCAGGAACUCCGGCGGGUAUUUCCGGGACUUGACAGUCGUCUUGGCUAGCCCUCGCUUCGUUUUUGUUGUUGGAAACGUUAUAGUUAUCACUCUUUUCGCAAAGUCCGGGCAGUUUUCAGCUCGAGAUUCUACAAGAAAGACGUCGGGAUUUGAUCUGUGCGAGGAGUUCAUCAAGAACACUGAGAAGAAUCAGAAAGUUCACCCAGAUGAGACCACCGGGUAUCUUGACAAGCACGCCACAUGUGUUGAGAGUACAGUUAAGGAUUACAGGAGGACUCAGAGCUACUCGCAGAAUUCAACCAGUCGGGUGUGUGAGAAAUCUCGCCGUGUUCUGCGACAUUCGGAGACAGAGAUGUUCAGGAGUAGCAGCCGUUCUUGUGAGGGAUUGUCGAAAAAUUCAUCUCCUGAUGAUGAAAUUAGCGACGAGGAUUUCCAGCGCAAGGUGGAGGCUUUCAUUGCCCAGCAACAAAGGUUCAGGAGGGAAGAAGAAGAAGAAGAGGAGUAAUCUGUACUUUAAAUUACUAGAGUAUGAUGCUUUUUUUUUUCUUUUUCCAUUAAAUCUAACUCUCUGUAUAUUUCUUCUUUUGGUUGAAUAUAACUGUGUGUAUAUUAUGCAA